CUUUAAAACAAAUAAAAAAUAAAACAAAGCCAAAAUUACAUCGUCAGCAUCAUCACCACAAUUUACAUUUUAAGAUCUUGAAAAAAGAGAGAGCUUUACACAAACUAUACACACACUGUUCUGUAUCUAUCUCUUUCUUAAUGUCGAAGCCAUGGGGAAAGAUUGGGGCUUGGGCGGCUGACGCCGAGCAAGCCGAGCUUGAGGAGAAAGAAGCCGCCGCGGCUCAGGCGGCGGCGACUUCUUCGCCGAGUUUUCCGCCGCUGAAGGAAGCUGUGACGUCGAAGCCCAAGAAGAAGCAUAACAAGAUGACGUUGCAGGAGUUUACAACGGGCGGCGGAGGCGGCGCGGCGGCGCGGCUGACGGCGGAUGAGAUGAUGAGGCUGCCGAGGGGUCCGCAGGAGCGAUCGGGGGAUGAAAUGUAUGGGAAGAUCGGUGGUGGGUUUAGUGGGUAUGGGGGUGUAAGGGGUGGGGGUGGUGGGGCCCACAGGGAUGGUGGGGGUGGGGCCCACAGGGAGAGAGGGGGUUAUGGUGGUGGGUUUGGUGAGGGUGCGAGUGGGAGAGGGAGGGAUGUGGAGGUGCAUUCUAGGGCUGAUGAGGUCGAUAAUUGGGCAAUGUCGAAAAAAUCGGGUGUUGGGUUUGAUAGGGGUGGUGGGAGUAAGUAUGGUUCUUUCGGAGGGAAGGCGGAUGAGGUGGAUAAUUGGGCUGCGGGGAAGAAACAAUAUGUUGCUGCUGCUCCUCCUCCGGCUAGGGGUUCGGGUGGUUUUGGGUCGGGGUUUCGUGAUUUUAGUGGUCCUGGAGGGGGAAAUGAUCGUUGGACGCGUGGAGGUGGUGGUGGGGGAGUAGGUGGUGGGGAGGAGCCACAAAGGCCUAGGCUGGUGUUGGAUAAGCCGAGGACGGAUGGGGUUGUGAAUGAGGGUAGUGGUGGUGCUAAGGUGGUUACAAAUAAACCGAAUCCGUUUGGGGCGGCUAGGCCUAGGGAGGAAGUGUUGACGGAGAAAGGAUUGGAUUGGAGGAAAGUGGAUAUGGAAAUUGAAGCAAAGAAGAGUGGUAGUAGACCGAGCAGUGGACAGUCUAGUAGGCCUGGUAGUGCGCAGUCGGAGCGUGGUGGUGAGGGAGGAGUUGCAUUGCAGCAGGUAGUGAUGAAGGCGAAGGUUAAUCCCUUUGGUGAUGCUAAGCCGAGGGAGGUUUUGCUUGAGGAAAAAGGGUUGGAUUGGAAGAAAAUUGAUUUGGACUUGGAGCGACGGCGUAUUGACAGGCCUGAGACAGAGGAAGAAAAGAACUUGAAAGUUGAAAUUGAUCAAUUGAAGAGGGAACUUGAAAUAGAAUCUGCUGCAAAUGUUAACAGGGAAUCUCAGGAAGAUCAGACAAGUUUGCAUGAUAGAAUACUUCAGAAAGAGAAGGAGUUGGAGCAGAUCACUCGUGAAUUCGAUGACAAAGUUCGAUUCGCACAGAAACCCAUAGAAAGGCCAGGGUCUGGAUCAGGGAGGAGUUCUGUGGUGCCUGAGAGACCACAUUUUCGUUCUGGAUCAUUUGGAGAAUCCAGGAACAUAGAAUUCACAGAGAGGCCUCGUUCACGUGGCACUGGCGAUGCAUGGCCAAGGCAGCGAGAUGAAAGGCGAGGGUUUCAAGGUGGCAGAGAAAGAGGUUUUUUGGGUAGUAGAGAUGUUGACAGGUCGGGCGAUAGAUGGUGAACUUCUAUUUCUGUGGAUUCUUUGACUGCUGUCUUAACCAUUGACAGACUUGGACUGGAAUAAUACUGUUGUCACCUGUUUAAAAUUCUUUCUCCUGAUUUUCGUGAAAGUAAGGGAGCUAGGGUUAUCGAGUAUGGCGACGAGAACUGGAGCUAAUCUAUUGUUGGAUGUUGAAACAAUGUAAUAUUUGCAUUAGCCUGACUCUUUUUUUUCGUUUGUUAACUUUCUUCCUCUUAGUCGUAGGUGCAAGAACAAUAGGAUAUCUGUUAUCGAUUAUUCUGAGGACUUGUUAACUUCGAUGAACAUCAAUGAUCAUCUUUGCUUUUAUCCAAAAAAUCUCCACCUCUUUAUUUGUA